GUUUGUCUGUGUAAAGCUGUAAAACCUGAACUCUGAUCCUGUCGUCAAUAAAAAGCUUCCCUGCAGCUGGAAGAGAAACUAAAGUUUCCUCUGAGCGUCAGUAGAUUAUCAGGAGGAGGACAGUGAGCAGUGGCUGUGAACUGAAGUCCUGAAGGAGGUUUUGAAGCCUUAGUCAGUUCAGUAAGAAGCUGAUUGAAGGGGACUUUGUUGGAGUUUUUUCCAGGAAGAUGAAGAUGUUGGUGGUGUUUGUGAUCCUCCUGCACGUGUCCCAGCAUGCCUCAGCUGUGGAGGUGGUGGAGGGGGACCACUUUGUCCUGCUGCCCUGUGAGUUUCCCACCUUUGACCUGGACGAGCCCACAGUGGUGUGGAGCCGCUCCGACCUCAGUCCUUCAACCGUCCACCAGCGUCAGCUGGAAGGUGAUGAACUGACAGAGCAGAACCAGCGUUACAGCGGCCGAACGUCCAUGAAGACUGACGCUCUGGACACUGGAGACCUCAGCCUCAACCUGACAAACCUCCAGCUCUCUGACAGCGCCACCUACACCUGCUCCGUCAGAGACUUUAGAGGACUACGGAGACGGUCAGAGGUACAGCUGCAGGUCAAAGAACGAUUUCCAUCCUGGGCCAAAGGUCUCCUGGGUCUCCUGGUUGUGGUUCUUGUUGCUGUGGGUCUUUUGGUCCAUUUUCGACAGUGUUUCAUGUCAGUCUACAAGGUGGAGGUGGAUUCAGAGGUGGAGUCUGUCCAGCUGCCCUGCAGAACCAUAGUUCACCUGUUUAAAGACGUCAGAGUGGAGUGGAUGGACAGUUACAGGAAGGUCCAUGUGUAUGAGAACGGCUCUGACCGACCUGAAGAACAGAACCAGUUUUACAGAGACCGAACAGAGAUGAAGAGAAACCUGCUGAGACCUGGAGACCUCAGUCUGACCCUGAAACACCCCACAGACUGGGACACAGACACCUACACCUGCACCGUCUACAGCAGGGAGGGAAACAUCCUGAUGAAGAAGGGGGUGCUGCUUCAGGUCAAAGUCCAACAGGUGGAGGUGGAGGAGGGGGUGGAGUCUGUCCAGCUGCCCUGCAGAACCACAGGUGACCUGCCUCAAGACGUCAGAGUGGUGUGGUGGGAGAGAAGCAGUUACAGGAAGCUCUACCUGUAUAAGAACGGCUCUGAAUGGCCUCAGGAACUGCAUCGUCUUUACAGAGACCGAACAGAGGUGAAGAAAGACCUGCUGAGAACUGGAGACCUCAGUCUGAUCCUGAGAAAACCCACAGGUGAAGACAGAGGAAGAUACACCUGCAGAGUCUACGACAAGGAAGGAAAAUUAAUGAGAGAGAAAACAGUGCAGCUCAAAGUCAAAGUCCAACAGGUGGAGGUGGAUUCAGGGGUGGAGUCUGUCCAGCUGCCCUUCAAAACCACAGUUCACCUGGAUGGAAACAUCAGAGUGGAGUGGAUGGACAGAGACACGAAGGUCCAUGUGUAUAAGAACGGCUCUGACCGACCUGAAGAACAGGACCAGGUUUACAGAGACCGAACAGAGAUGAAGAAAGACCUGCUGAGACCUGGAGACCUCAGUCUGACCCUGAAACACCCCACAGACUGGGACACAAGAACCUACACCUGCACCGUCAGCAGGGAGGGAAACAUCCUGAUGAAGAAACAAGUGAAGCUACAGGUCAAAGUCCAACAGGUGGAGGUGGAUUCAGAGGUGGAGUCUGUCCAGCUGCCCUUCAAAACCACAGUUCACCUGGAUGGAAACAUCAGAGUGGAGUGGUGGAACAGUUACAACUUGAAGGUCCAUGUGUAUGAGAACGGCUCUGACCGACCUGAAGAACAGCACUGGUUUUACAUAGACCGAACAGAGAUGAAGAAAGACCUGCUGAGACCUGGAGACCUCAGUCUGACCCUGAAACACCCCACAGACAGUGACAGAAGAACCUACACCUGCACCGUCUACAGCAGGGAUGGACACAUCCUGAUGGAGAAACAAGUGAAGCUAAAGGUCAAAGUCCAACAGGUGGAGGUGGAGGAGGGGGUGGAGUCUGUCCAGCUGCCCUUCAGAACCACAGGUGACCUGCCUCAAGACGUCAGAGUGAAGUGGUUCAACAGAGACAAUGGCAGGACGGUCCAUGUGUAUGAGAACGGCUCUGACCGACCUGAAGAACAGAACCAGGUUUACAGAGACCGAACAGAGAUGAAGAAAGACCUGCUGAGACCUGGAGACCUCAGUCUGACCCUGAAAUACCCCACAGACUGGGACACAGACACCUACACCUGCACCGUCUACAGCAGGGAGGGAAACAUCCUGAUGAAGAAGGAGGUGCUGCUUCAGGUCAAAGUCCAACAGGUGGAGGUGGAGGAGGGGGUGGAGUCUGUCCAGCUGCCCUUCAGAACCACAGGUGACCUGGAUGAAGACGUCAGAGUGGAGUGGAUGGACAGUUACAGGAAGGUCCAUGUGUAUGAGAACGGCUCUGACCGACCUGAAGAACAGAACCAGUUUUACAGAGACCGAACAGAGAUGAAGAGAAACCUGCUGAGACCUGGAGACCUCAGUCUGACCCUGAAACACCCCACAGACUGGGACACAGACACCUACACCUGCACCGUCUACAGCAGGGAGGGAAACAUCCUGAUGAAGAAGGGGGUGCUGCUUCAGGUCAAAGUCCAACAGGUGGAGGUGGAGGAGGGGGUGGAGUCUGUCCAGCUGCCCUUCAGAACCACAGGUGACCUGCCUCAAGACGUCAGAGUGAAGUGGUUCAACAGAGACAAUGGCAGGACGGUCCAUGUGUAUGAGAACGGCUCUGACCGACCUGGAGAACAGAACCAGUUUUACAGAGACCGAACAGAGAUGAAGAGAAACCUGCUGAGACCUGGAGACCUCAGUCUGACCCUGAAACAUCCCACAGACUGGGACACACUAAGAUACACCUGCACCGUCUACAGCAGGGAGGGAAACAUCCUGAUGAAGAAGGAGGUGCUGCUUCAGGUCAAAGUCCAACAGGUGGAGGUGAAGGUGGAGGGGGGUGUGGAGUCUGUCCAGCUGCCGUGUCAAAGCAGAGUUCACCUUCCUGAGGACGUCACAGUCGUCUGGAAGUUCUGUCAGUCCAAGACCACAACGAUCCACGUGAAUCACAACGGCUGUGACCAGAGAGACCAACAACACGAGUUUUACAGAGACCGAACAGAGAUGAAUGAAGACCUGCUGAGAACUGGAGACUUCAGUCUGACCCUGAAACACCCCACAGACAGUGACACAGGAAGAUACACCUGCACCGUCUUAAUGGACAAACACUUUCCCAUGAAGAAAGAGGUGAAGCUCCGGGUCAAAGUCCAACAGGUGGAGGUGGAUUCAGAGGUGGAGUCUGUCCAGCUGCCCUUCAAAACCACAGUUCACCUGGAUGGAAACAUCAGAGUGGAGUGGUGGAACAGUUACAACUUGAAGGUCCAUGUGUAUGAGAACGGCUCUGACCGACCUGAAGAACAGCACUGGUUUUACAUAGACCGAACAGAGAUGAAGAAAGACCUGCUGAGACCUGGAGACCUCAGUCUGACCCUGAAACACCCCACAGACAAUGACAGAAGAACCUACACCUGCACCGUCUACAGCAGGGAGGGAAACAUCCUGAUGAAGAAACAAGUGAAGCUACAGGUCAAAGUCCAACAGGUGGAGGUGGAGGAGGGGGUGGAGUCUGUCCAGCUGCCCUUCAGAACCACAGGUGACCUGCCUCAAGACGUCAGAGUGAAGUGGUUCAACAGAGACAAUGGCAGGACGGUCCAUGUGUAUGAGAACGGCUCUGACCGACCUGAAGAACAGAACCAGGUUUACAGAGACCGAACAGAGAUGAAGAAAGACCUGCUGAGACCUGGAGACCUCAGUCUGACCCUGAAACACCCCACAGACAGAGACAGCAACACCUACACCUGCACCGUCUACAGCAGGGAGGGAAACAUCCUGAUGAAGAAGGAGGUGCUGCUUCAGGUCAAAGUCCAACAGGUGGAGGUGGAGGAGGGGGUGGAGUCUGUCCAGCUGCCCUUCAAAACCACAGGUGACCUGGAUGAAGACGUCAGAGUGAUGUGGUUGAACAGUAACAGGAAGGUCCAUGUGUAUGAGAACGGCUCUGACCGACCUGAAGAACAGGACCAGGUUUACAGAGGCCGAACAGAGAUGAAGAAAGAUCUGCUGAGAACUGGAGACCUCAGUCUGACCCUGAAAUACCCCACAGACUGGGACACAAGAACCUACACCUGCACCGUCUACAGCAGGAGGAGAAACAUCCUGAUGAAGAAACAAGUGGAGCUACAGGUCAAAGUCCAACAGGUGGAGGUGGAGGAGGGGGUGGAGUCUGUCCAGCUGCCCUUCAAAACCACAGGUGACCUGGAUGAAGACGUCAGAGUGGUGUGGUUGAACAGUUACAGGAAGGUCCAUGUGUAUGAGAACGGCUCUGACCGACCUGGAGAACAGAACCAGGUUUACAGAGACCGAACAGAGAUGAAGAAAGACCUGCUGAGAACUGGAGACCUCAGUCUGACCCUGAAACACCCCAAAGUCACAGACACAGGAAGAUACAGAUGUGUGGUCUACAGGGGGAUUUGGUACAUGAGAGUGAAAACAGUGCAGCUCAAAGUGAAAAAGAGAACUCAGGUCAAAGAUGAAACAGUCGACAUCAGGAACAGAAGCAGCUCCACUGAUCCAACUCCUCUGAUGGCUGAUCAAUCAGUUUGAUCGGUCUUUGAUCAGUCUGUGACGAUGGAUGAAGACAGGAGGACGCUUUGUCAAUGUCUUUUCUUCACUCUGAGUCCCACUGACUCUCACACAGUCACUAUUGAUCAGUAUUGAUCAGUACUGAUCAGUGAUGUCACAUUGGAGACGUGUUAACAGAGAACUGCAAACAUCACUCUGACUCUGUUUCCUCCCUCAACAACAUCAGUUCUCUCUCUCUCUCUCUCUCUCUCUCUCUCUCUCUCCAUCGUUCUUUCUUGUAGGUUUUUCAUCUCUCUCUCCUCUUCAGGUAUUUCUGCCUCUGGAGCUGUAGAGUCUGAUCUGUGAUGACGUGUCUCCUGCUGCUCCUACGAUCCUGCUCAGCACCUGAACAUGUACCUCUUACCAUCUUAGCUCUGGUUCUGCUCCAGGUUUCUGCCUCUUAGAGGAAGUUUUUUCUCUCCACUGUCGACCAGUGCUGCUCAUGGUGGAACUGUUGGUUCUCUCUGUAAAUAACAGACAGAGUUCAGUCUAGACCUGCUCUGUAUGAACACUGUUCUGAGAUUACUUCAAUAAAAACUGACUUAAAA